AUGGGAAACUGCUGUUCUUCUGAAGAUGCCUCUGCUCCAGCUGCUCAGAGCAACGAAAAACACCAGAGCAGAACCUCCAACACAAAAAACAUCAGACGCAACUCCACCACCAAGAAGCCCUCCAGGAGACCCAAGACAGCACAAAAGGGCCAGCGACUAGGAGGUACAGAUGCUGUGGAAGACAACCAAGGGGCUCUCGAUGCUCGCCAGGCUGCUGCUCUUGCUGCUGAGAAGCGAGCUGCAAAGAACACACCCAAGGGCCAGUUGGGCCAGCAGCUUCACAAGCAGCAGAAGAUGUCCACCCAGGCUGUUUUGAAGCUGGCAUAUAACGAGAAGCUUCAGAACAAAAACCAGACCUUGGUCUACGAUUGA